AUGGCAGAAGAAACCGCUCCAGAAGUCGUUGAUAGCAACAGCGCCGCCGCCUCCGCCGUCGAUACCGACAACACCGUUGCAACCACCGAGAACACCGGCGCUGCCGCCGUCGAUAUGGAGGUUGAAAACGCCGUUGAUUCCAAGGAUAAACGACCGAGGGAAGAAGAGGAGUCCAAAGAAGAUGAUGUCGAUCCGAAGAAGGCUAAAGUAGACGAGGAAAAGUCAGUCGAGGAAGAGCGGUUGGAGAAGUUAGAGAAAAAAGAAGACGAUGAAGAAAAGGAAGUCUCCGAAGCUGUGAAAUUGGGACCCAAGACCUUUGGUUCUUCCGUGGAAAUGUUUCAUUACUUCCACAAAUUUCUUAAUGCUUGGCCUCAUAAUCUCAAUGUUAACAAGUACGAGCACACGAUGCUGCUGGAAUUGCUCAAGAAUGGUCAUGCAGAAUCUGAAAGAAAGAUUGGCCCAGGGGUUUGUGCUUUCCAAGUUCGCGAACACCCUAGCUUUAAAAGUAGGUGCUAUUUCCUCAUCAGGGAUGAUGACACAGCUGAUGAUUUCAGCUUCCGGAAGUGUGUGGAUCACAUAAGUCCCUUGCCAGAAGGGAUGCAAUUGAAAUCUGAGGGGAACAAGAGGUCUGGUGGUGGUGGAGGAAAUCAUCAUGGAGGAAAUGGUGGCAGAGGAAGGGGUGGAAGAGGAGGUGGCCGCGGUGGUCGUGGAAGAGGAGGAAGGGGGAGAUAUUGA